UCGGGCUGGAGUGGACUGGAUAGGACAGAUUCUCGUUCAAGAUCACCAGGAAGACGAUCUUUUCAGUAGUUAUGCGGUCAGGUCUGCGUCUAAACUGCGCGAUUCAUCCGUUGUUCACGUCGCUUUAGAUUUGCUUGAUACAGUGUUUUCCCAUCCCCGAACAGGAACCUCUCAGAUACUGUGUCGGCUGUGUGUUCCCUGUGAUAACAGCCAGUAACAUGUCCAUGUUCAGCACAGGCAUCCUUGUGCUGACGUCUCCUCUCCACACUCUCCCCCUGCGCAUCGCUCCAGUGCUCAGCUCAGCUUCUCAGCUUGUAGAGCGCACGCUGUACGUCCACCUCCACCCGGGGCUGAACCUGGGAAGUGGGAGCCAGCCUCGACCAGUUUUUAUUCCACCAGCAGUGGACCUGUCAACGCUAAUUUCCCGCCUUUACAGCAAUGCAGCGGAUAUAUGCAGCCACCUGGAUAUUCGGGUUUUGCUUACCAAUGUCCGCGCUCAGUCAGCUGUUUGCAGCGGGAUUCCAAACUGCCCCUUCCCUACUCCACAGCCACUGUCUCACUCCCCAGAGGUGGUGCUAACAGACUUUGCUGUGCAGGACCCAGAUCAGUCCCAUCAGGUCACCCAGUGUCUGCAGAAGUACACUGGCCACUGCUACGUCUGCAGUCCCAGCCUGCACUCAGUGCUGCUUCACCCACAGCUAAUGAGGCUGCAGGAGAAAGAGGAAGGGCUGAAAAAACCUGAAGAAAAGGCAGAACCUCUGGAAACGUACAGUGAUGUGGUGGUAGGGGGGACGUUUGACCGGCUCCAUGGGGCCCACAAGACGCUGCUCAACAUCUCAUGCCUGCUAGCCAAUAGAAGGUUCCUUAUUGGUGUGUGUGACCAAGCAAUGCUGAAAAAAAAAGUGCUAAAGGAGCUGAUCGAGCCCUACUCUCUGCGGGUACAGAGACUACUCGAGUUCCUGCAAGACAUCAAACCAUCACUGCAGGUGGAAAUCGUGCCCCUUCACGACCCCUUCGGAGCGUCUGUGGUUGACCCCCUGCUGCAGUGCAUUGUGUUUAGCGAGGAGACCAGAAAGGGAGGCGAGGCUGUGAACAAGAAACGCAUUGAGAAUGGCCUUCCAGUUCUUGUUCUUCAUGAGAUCCAGUUGCUUAAAGAUGCCCACCACACUGAGACAGAGGAGGAGAAGAUCAGCUCCUCUAGUCUACGCUCUCGACUCCUGGGCACCCUUCUUACCCCGCCUAAAAACACAUCCCAUCUCCCUCCACUUCCAUAUGUCAUUGGCCUGACAGGAGGCAGCGGCAGUGGAAAGAGCUCCAUCGCCAGGCAGCUGGAGGCUUUGGGUGCAGUCCGGAUUGACUGCGACAAACUGGGACAUGAGGUGUAUGAGCCGGGCAGAGCAGCUUAUCACAGAGUGCUUGAAGAAUUUGGGUCAGAUGUACUGAAUGAAGACAAAACUAUAAACAGACGUGCGUUAGGAAGGAAAGUUUUUGGAAAGCAGGAGCAGUUAAAAGCUCUAACAAAUAUUGUGUGGCCUGAGAUAGCACUUCUGGUGGAGAACACAAUCAGCCAAGCCAGAGAGGAAGGUAAACAGGUUUGUGUGGUGGAUGCAGCGGUUCUUCUGGAGGCUGGAUGGACAGACAUGGUCCAUGAGGUCUGGGUUACCAUCAUCCCAGAGGAGGAGGCGGUGUUAAGGAUAACGGAGCGAGACGGUGUGACCACAGAUGAUGCCCUGCGCAGGCUGCAGAGCCAGUGGUCUAACGCCAAACAGGUUGAACACGCCAACGUAGUGCUCAGCACACUGUGGGAACCAGAAGUCACUCGAAAACAGGUAUUGAAAGCUUGGAAUCUCCUUCAGGAGAGAAUCCUACAGACGCAGGACGGAUAGUAGGAAUGUGUGUGGGUCACUACGGCAUCAUAAUUGUGACCCAAGCAUGUAUCCAGCCCAGGAAUGUGUGCACACAAACCUCUGAUCCGCAUCACGAAAUGCUGCCUUAGAAAGAGCUGAGAAUGGCCACUGUGCUUUUGCAGCUAGCCAAACAACAUCUUUGACCAAGACUCAGUGCCUGAUUGACUUUCAGCAGGUUUUUAAACUCUGGUUUUAUUUUAAAGAUGCUUAGUUGAAAGAUGGAUGGUUGAGGAAAAGGGAAACUGAUCCCAAAUGCAGAAUGAUUGUGCUAUUUGGGAUCAAUAAAGUGUUUCCUAAGAACUGUAGGACUGUUUUAAUCCAAAGUAGUUUUUUUCCUCAAUGGCUUGCCUUUGAAUGGAUACAUUCAGCAGUCCGAAAUAAUUCAAGACCAAACUUCUCUGCAAAUCCAAGAUUUUAGGCACCUUCUCAGCUGAUGACACUUUAAAAAGUUCUGUCCUCUUUUCAUGGCUUCUAAGUGUUAUUAAUAUGAAUGUAUCUUAGAAAAGCAACUAAUGGUAAGGGAAAAGUAGAAUUAAAUGAUGUAUUUAUGUUUGUGGCUUCAGUGUAGUUGUCACACUUAAUGCAUUUAAAUAUAUAUGCAGGGCAAUGAAACGGAUUGUGAAACUGAAUGGAUCAGUACAUUAACAAUUAAAGCAAAGCAGCUAAAAUACAUAUUUAGGCAAAAUGUAGAGUACUAAGUUAGUUAAUUUGGCCAGUAGACAAUAUAGAUGACUUCUUAAAAUCGCCAUUGAAAUGAAAGUAGUCAUGUUUAAAUUAAAUCCACUGAAAAUGUUUAAAUUGCAAUCCUAUAAAAUGCCCAAGCUGCCUGGUGUUUUGUCUUAUAAGAGCCAGUUGUCACACGAUCAACCUUCUACACCAGCUCUCCAGAACAUCUGAAGCGUAAUGUCUCCAAAAGAACCUCAAAAAGCCAAAGGCAGCAGCAGAGUGAAUACUAAAGUCAUGAUGGUAAAUGUAAUAUUGUCAUAUCCCACAAUAAAAGGGUAAAUCAGUGUUUACGUAAGAAUAAAAUACUGCUUAUUUUUUCAGUCAUACUUUCAAUAGUAAAGGCUUGUCCAAUGGAAUUUCAGCUGGUUUUACAGUUUGUGAGAAUUCAAGUCUUUAAUUUCAUUGUCUUGUUUGUGACCUGCAAACUCAGUGGAACGCUUUAUAAAUUGGCACAGAACAAUAAAUUAAAUGUUUUCAACCAUGA